CAUCAGCAUCAGCUUCUCAAUAAUUCAGGAGUACAAUUGCACCGCCAAUCAGCCACCCCCAAAAAUCAUGAGGAGACGAAAGAAAGCAACUUGGUCUCCAUAAAUAACAAUCUGGAGAUUGAAAGAGAGAGAUCAUCAUCGAUAUCGCAAGUGCCGAUUAGUGACCCUUGGAGUAAUGAUGAAUUGCUUGCACUGCUCAGGAUCAGAUCUACCAUGGAUAAUUGGUUCCCUGAGUUCACUUGGGAACAUGUCUCAAGGAAGCUAGCAGAGCUUGGCUUCAAAAGGAGUGCCGAGAAGUGCAAAGAGAAAUUUGAAGAAGAAAGCAGAUACUUCAACAACAUUAACUUCACCAAAAACUACAGGUUUCUCAGCGACCUUGAGGAGCUCUGUCAUGGUGGCGAUGAUCAAAACCCUGAUCAGGCAGCUGCUGGGGCUGAAAACAAGAACCAACAAAAGGUGGAAAAGCCAAGCAAUAAUGAAGGAGAUGAAGAUAACAGGUGCCAGAUUUUGGAUGAAGACUCAACAAGAAAUGAAACGGUUGUUGGCAGCAAGGAAUUUGAUGACCAGGACAAAGAGAAAGAGGUCGUGGAAAGAACAAAGUGCAAUGUUGUUAGGAAGAGAAAACGACAGAGAAGAUUUGAGAUGUUAAAGGGUUUCUGUGAGGACAUCGUGAACAGGAUGAUGGCUCAGCAAGAAGAGAUGCACAGCAAGCUUCUUGAAGACAUGGUGAAGAGAAGUGAAGAAAAGCUUGCAAGGGAAGAAGCUUGGAAGAAGCAAGAGAUGGACAGGAUGAACAAGGAGCUUGAAAUUAUGGCACAUGAACAAGCUAUUUCUGGUGACAGACAAGCUACAAUUAUCAAGUUCUUGAAGAAAUUCGUAUCAUCAAGUUCUAGUUCUACUUCUUCAGAACCAAGUUCUGAUCAUGAUCAUCACACUAAUUCAUCUUCCUUGAUUAAUCAAGCACAAAACCCUAAUCAUCCCACGUGUCGUCAGGAGAAAGAACCAGCAUCAUCUACAAUAAUUCAAAAGUCUGGUACUUCUUCCCACACUCCAAAUAACCCAAGCACACCUACUUCAUUAACUGAAACCCUUGCACCCCAAAGCCCUAGUUCAAGUACUCUUGCUCCAACUCCAACCAUUCCAAAAGUCCCCAUACCUCCAGAAAACCCUAGCUCCGAUCAUCUCAAUACCCAAAACCCUACUUCCAAUGACGAUAAACAAGACCUCGGGAAGAGGUGGCCAAGAGAUGAAGUGCUGGCUCUGAUAAACUUGAGGUGCAGUCUCUUCAACAAUGGCAGUGCUGAUCAAGACAAGGAUGGAGUUGUGAAAGCUCCUCUCUGGGAGAGGAUCUCACAAGGGAUGUUGGAGAAGGGUUAUAAGAGAAGUGCAAAGAGGUGCAAAGAGAAAUGGGAGAACAUUAAUAAGUACUUUAGAAAAACAAAGGAUGUUAACAAGAAGAGGUCUCUUGACUCUAGGACUUGCCCGUAUUUUCAUCAAUUAAGCACUUUGUACAAUCAAGGCAUACUUGUACCACCUUCUGAUCAUAUUCAAGGGCCAGAUCAUCAAACCCGCUCGGCUUCGCCGGAAAAGAAGUCUCUAGCUUCUCCGGUCGUACCACAAACUGGCCUUGAUUCUUCUGAUCAAGGUAGGUCUAGUGCCGAUGAUGAUUUAUCUAAGCAUAAUAUUAUUGCUGAAGGUGAGAAAAACAAUAUGGUACAGCCAGUACCAGCAGCAGCUUUCGAUUUUGAAUUCUAAUUAAUUUGCAUAUUUGUGUGUGCAUUCUCAAUAAUAAACUAAUAUUAAUAAUAUGUGAUACCUUUUUCCUUCUUGUCGUGGUGAACAUGUGGUAGCUAGUACUCAGUCGACAUGAAUUUUAUUUAUUUCCAAUGUUUUUAUUU